UUUUGUAUACAUUCUAUAUUAUUAAUUUUGUUCCCAUUUACGUAUCGCUGCUACCAUGUAUAUAAUAAACGAAAUGGAAAGCGCGUAGUAAUGGAACCUAUUGAAAUCAGUCGGAGCUAUAUCAAAUGCAAUGUAGUUUAUAUGAGUUAGGACUGUUUACAACUACACAAAAAAUAUCAAAUUGAUAUAAAACUUUAAUUUAUUGCAUUCACAGGAAACAUUGUAUUAUAUUAUAUUGAGCAAUGUCGUUGGAGAAAAUAUAAAAUGCAGAAAAUUAGAAGAGAAAAAGUGAAUCAAGCCAUUGAGUUACUUUGGUCAGAAAAACAAGAAAGGACAACAAGGAAAAGAAAAAUAGAAGAAGCAGAAAAAGCUCAGGAUGUAUCUGCGCAAUGUAAAAUUAUGCAUUGUUAUAAAAGAAGCGAAAGGCAGUAUUCCAUGUGUUUUUCAAAACACAGAAUUCUUUCUGAAAUGAAGUCACAUGUUACUCAAAAAAAUUGGAGUACUGUUAGAAAUUUAUUUUUAUUAUUACUUCAUUUCUCUAUAGAUCUAGAACCAUUGAUAUGGCGUUACAAUUUUAUAUUAACAUUAUAUAGUAAUAUUGAUAACUUAUCUAAUGUUUCUCAAUUUUUUCAAAUGUGUAUUGGUUGUCUUCAUUCUGACAGAGAUUUAAUGUUACAAAAUUUAUUGCUUUUAUCACAUAAUAAAAAAUGAACUUCCAUAUGUUUUA